AUGAAGCGCGUUUCUAGCGAGAUCAUUUUGAGCGAUUACAGACGAGACAACGAUUAUAGUUUACAAUUAAAUCGUUGGUUUCUGAAAUCGAUAGGCGCUUGGCCAGAAAUACAAACAAAUUUAACUAAGAAUGUUUUAAUAAAUGUCUUGCGAUUAACGUGUCAUUCAUUAAUAGCUUUUACCGUAAUAUCUGCUAUAUUAUAUAUAUUAUUCGAAGAGAAGGAUUUCCGUUUGAGACUCAAGGCUAUUGGACCUACGAGUCAUAUUCUCAUGGGUGGAAUUAAUUACUUCUCGCUCCUGCAGCAUAAUAAUCGGAUACGCACGUCUAUAGAGCAUAUGGAGACCGAUUGGCGAAUGGUGAAGAGAGAACACGAUCGGGAAUUAAUGCUACGAAACGCGAGAGUGGGACGUGUUAUAGCGGGCAUUUGCGCGCUCAUCCUGCAAGGUGGCGUUAUUUGUUAUAACAUAGCGAGAGGAAUGUCACGAAUAUCCGUGGAAAUCGGCAACAAGACGAUUGAAACAGGUCGCCUACCUUGUCCAUCUUUCAACAAAAUCAUAGAUACCAGACUCAGCCCAGUAUAUGAGAUCGUGCUCGCGUUGCAGUGUCUUUCGACCAUCGUGGUAAAUAACAUCACGAUCGGUGCCUGCGGUCUCGCCGCGGUUUUCGCAAUGCAUGCAUCCGGCCAACUCAAUGUAGUGAUGCUACGUCUCGAAGAACUCGUCAUCGAGCAACAAGAUCUCCUUCAGCUGAGACUGGCGAACAUUGUGGAGCAUCACCUGCGAACCUUGAGGUUUCUUUCACAUUUGGAGGCAAUUAUGAGUGAGAUAUGUUUUGUGGAAUUAAUCGGGUGUACAUUCAACUUGUGCAUGUUAGGAUAUUACACCAUUACGGAAUGGCAUGAAGAGAGUAUAAAUACUAUAAUAACAUAUAUCAUGGUGUUAACAGCAAUGAUGUUUAAUAUCUUCAUAUUUUGCUUCAUUGGCGAACUCGUGUCGAAUCAGUGUAAAAAAGUUGGUGAAGUAGCUUAUAUGACGGACUGGUAUCAAUUGCCGCAUAAAAUCGUUCUUGGUCUUAUUUUAAUAAUCUUGCGAUCAAGAAUUGUUACCAAAAUUACAGCUGGAAAAAUAUUUCAUAUGUCUAUCCAGACUUUUGGUGUUGUAAUUAAAACAUCGGUCGCAUAUUUAAAUAUGCUUCGAACAUUGACUAUGUAA